AGCUACAUUACAUUACACAAGAGAUGUAGUCACGGAUUAGGUCAGACAUGACGAAUCUCUAAUUCUCUACUAGCUUAAUUCGCUUGUCUUUAUUUUUAAGAUAUAUAUAAUGGAAGAUGAAAGAUACAUCUAUCGAUCCCUCUUCUGACUUUACUUGAUAAUAAUAGGAUAAAAUCCAGUAGUCUUUCGCUGAUCUUUUGCAAAUAACUUUAAAUUUUUGCAGCCAAAAUUCCAAUGGACUCUCAAAUUCCAGUCUCGAGCUCCCCUCUGAACACCAUUUCUUGGCAGCGCGCACAGGCAUGAACGGCUUUGCUCCGACCGGCUACCAGCAGCCGCCGCCGCCGCCUGCGGCCAGCGCUUCGCCGGGCGGAUGGAUCGCGUCGACGGCCAUCUUCAUGUCCAUCUUCUUCUCCACCUUCCUCCUCGCCAUGGCGGUCUCCGUCUACUGCUGCCUCCUGUGCAGAGACCGAGUCCGCUCGGACCGCGACGACACCGGCGCCGUCGCCGAGCGCGCACGUGGCGGCGGUAUCGUCGCCCCGCUCCCCGUCGAGGCCCUCCCCCCGGCCUACCCUUAUGUAGUUGGAAGCUCCGAGGAUGGUGGCGCGACGGCGGCGAGCGGCGGCGGGCGGGAGUGCGCGGUGUGCCUGGGCGCGGUGCGGGAGGGGGAGAUGGUGCGGCGGCUGCCGGCGUGCGAGCACGUGUACCACGCCGACUGCAUCGACCGGUGGCUCGCCGCGCACCGGACGUGCCCGCUGUGCCGGCGAGAGCUUGAUCCGGGCAAGAAUCCGCCUGAUCAGUUGCCGGUUUAAGCUGAUCUCAAUGUGCAACAUGUAUUGAUUCUUUCUUUUCUAUAGGGGCAUGCAUGGUGUUUUGUGUCUUUAGGGGAUGUCCUCUUUUUUUUUUCCUAAAAAUACAUGUAAAUAGCUAUGUAAAGUUCUGAAGAAUUUGAUGACAUUAGUGAAGCAUAUGUAUCUAGCUAUACUGUACUUUGAAAUUCAAAGUUUAAUUUCGAUCCAUACAUUGAGGAGAGAAAAAAAAAAGAUAAAUGUAACAUAGUGCCUUAUUAGAGCCCUGUUUUUUCAUUUAAACCUGUGUAGAGCUAUUCUUGUACAGUUUUUUCCUACUAUAUUCAAUGAAACUAGAAGUGUUUCUUUUAACAA